AAUUGCGAGAUCGCGGUACGUGUAUUGACAAAGGCAAAAGUUGGCCGUGUCCGCCCAUUCAAGCUCUUCCCCCAUCCCCACCCCCCCGAUCCCCUCCUCAACCCUUCUUUACCACUAUUACGAUCCCUUCUGGCGCCUCUUUGCGUAAAAAUUAGUCGUACAUCAUUUUUGCCCCGGAUGCGGACGGAUGUUUUGUACAUGCAUACGUGUUAUUGUCGUUUAAUUUUUAUCCAAGUACCGGAAACUAAAGAAAGGUCACACAAAGUACGUUUUUGAUUCCUGGGGUUCGCUUUAUUGUAGAAAGAAGCAGCUGCGGCGAUUUAUUCAAAAGCGAUGAUACGGACUGUGUCGGCCUGUGCUAAUUUAACGACAAAGAAAAACCGUUGAUGCAGAUUCGGACUUCUAAAACUCGAACUGAAAGCAAGCAAGAGUCUUUUUUGCUCAUUUUCAAUCCGUUAAAAUUUCAACUUAAUAUUUUUUUUUUUCUGUUCUACUUAACACCAAUUACUGCAAGUCCAAAACGUUGUUAGAACAAACAAAGAUGAUAUACUAGAAUCAAAAAAGGAAUGACAUAAGCACACAAUGAGUAAUACACAGAGAAAGAUUCAGGUAAGCACCACAAAGAUUGUCUUCAACACAUUCUUUGCACACUUAACUGCCUUCAAAUGACUGAUUGCUAUCAGUCUCGUUAUGGUGGGUACUCGGCGAUGAACACGCCCAGGUUCAGAGACUCGCUGCCUUACUUUCAACCACCCCUGCCGCCGUUACGUUGUGAACCUCCCGAUGAAACAGACGAUCGUAAUGAUUUCCGGUUUGAAUCUGCACGUAGAAGAAGCUUCGCAAAUUGGCCGGUCAGGUUCAUGGAUCCGAAGAGAUUGGCGGAGGCCGGGUUUUACUAUCUCAACGAAGGUGAUAAAGUAAGGUGUUUCGAAUGUAAAAUCGAAAUUUGCAAGUGGGUCGAGGGUGACGAUCCUCAAUUCGAACACCAGAGAUGGUCCGAAAGAUGCAGAUUUGUCAGGAGAUUACCGUGCGGUAAUGUACCUUACGGCACUGACGGUGCAAACAUUUUUUCUGCUCCUCGAACCACAGACGUCUGUGGCCCCUAUGGAUUCAAUGUUGAGUCGGAACUUGGACCCGACCUCAGCUCAUCCCCACCGAACCUUCAGCAUACCGUAAGCACUGCAACCCUUGGGAGCUGGGGGAUCGGUGUGCCCAAGGAGCCCAAACAUCCACAAUAUGCCAGCCGCGACGCAAGGCUAAGGACCUUCAACUUGUGGCCAAAAUCUAUGAGACAGACGAAAGAGGAAUUGGCUGAUGCAGGAUUUUUCUACACUGGCAAAGGAGAUCAGACACUCUGCUACUACUGUGGUGGUGGUCUUAAAGAUUGGGAGCCAACUGACAAUCCAUGGGAACAACACGCCCACUGGUUUUCCAAGUGCUUUUAUCUAUUCAUGGUAAAAGGACAAGCCUUCAUUGACCAAGUCAAAGGUCUCACCAGGGAACAGCCUUCAGCCGAGGAAGCACAGAACUUGACUCUACCGAACUGCAUAAAGAAGGUGGAGAGGCCUAUAGAAGCUGAGCCUGAACAACAUUGUCCAAUUGCUGAGAGUGGCGAAUCUGGAGAAAGUUGUAGUAAAAGUGGUUCAUUAGAGUUGGGAUCACAUAAAAGCGAGGGUUCUAUGCAUCACAACCUGGAGAAUGAUGAAAAGAGAGCGGAUGACGGAAGGCUUUGCAAAAUUUGCUACACGGAAGAACUGGGAGUUGUAUUUUUACCUUGUGGGCACAUGGUAGCCUGUGUCAAGUGCGCGCCAAGUUUGACAACUUGUGCAGUAUGCCGGAAACCUUUCACAAUGACUGUGCGGGCUUACAUUUCAUAGCUUUUCAUCAUAAAAUAAACUAUAAAUUCAACAAAAUGCCAGAAUAAUGUCUAGCAUUACUAUACCUUUCGCCAAGACAUGACUCUUGGCAUAUCAAUGAAGUGAAGGCACAGUUCAUCAAAGUUCAAAGACAUUUUGUGAUUUAUUUUCUUUAGUUGCCAGCUGUUCUUAUUGUCAAUCAAGAUACUGAGAGCUGGAAGUUCGGAUUGAUCAGUCUUGCUUUAAAACAUUAGACGCGUCAUCUUUUAUGUUUCUUUUCUUUUAGUUUUUUUUAUUCCGUUCAAAACAAUAUUUUUUUUUUCUCUGUGUCCCGAAUUCGUUUUUCUUUUUCUCUGAAAAUUUGAUGAAGUUUAUAUAUUUUGUAUCUAAAGAAAAAGAAGAAAAAAUUCGUAAUCUUCAGCAUAUUCGGUACAUUGUUUGUGAUUGAGAUACAUUUCGUAUCAAAUAUGUAAUUGUGCCUCCGGCGAAAAAUUACAACUGCUUGUGAAAAUACUAACAUGUUAACAAAAUCAGUAACAAUAUAAUUCUCGCUAUACCUUUAUACUAAUCGAUCGAUGAUGUAAUGUUCAUGGCUUAUAUUCAUACUGCACAAAACACUAUUUCGGUAAUGAGAUUUCUGUAGCAAUUAUAUGUGAUUCGGAAAACAAAGGCAAUUGGACAAAGUAACAUGAACAACAUUAUGUUUAUUUUAUUUAUUUUUUUUCAAAAAAAUGUUAGUGUUUUCACUUUAAAUGGGGAAAAAUAGCAACUUGACUCUUGACUAUGUACAUAUUCAAAGCACAAUGAUCUCAUGAGAAAUUGUGAUUGGUAAUUACUUACCACCCGGAAUAUUAUUUUGGUUUAGAAUUUUUUUUUUUAUUUAACGUAGUGAUACAAAAACAUAGGAGAGAGAAUUAAAUUUUCAAAAGCAUUCACACUCACUUGUAUAUUACCAACUGGCAUUUGCGGUAUCAUUCUAGUAAGCACUUAGUGCAAAAUAAACAAGAUCAAACUGUACACGUUGAACCAACUGUACAGUAAAUAAAUUAUUAACUUUUGAUCUACCUUAAUAAUUAAGCAUUUAAGCAAUUAUUUAAUUGAUGAUUUUUUUAUUUAUUUUAUUUUUUUUUUUUUGCUGCUUCAAUAAUUUAAGGCUUUUAUUCGCGGGAGUUGGAUCCAUGUUCCAAGGGACACCGAAAAAGGAAUAUAGUAUCACACAAACGGUAUUUUAAUACACUUUAAUAUCUAAAUAAAACGCCCACUGAAAGCACUUCAAACUAGGUAGUAUUAACAAUUUAUAUUUAAAAAAUAUCACAGUCGCUAUGAAACAUAGUAACUCGUAAAACUGAAACUGUGAAUAAUUUUAGCUAUUAAGUAUAACAAGCAAAGAAAGUUCGUCAAUGGCUCGAUAACCAUACUUAGAAUAUAAGCACUUAGAAGUCCCAAAUUUAAUAAGGACCUUUUUUAAUAGCUUUUUCAACUUUCAGUAAUUAACGAAUUAUACAAUUUCAUAAGUGCACAAGAUGGUAUGCCGGGUAAUAAUAUUUUGGUUUUAAUAGAAUAACAAAUUGCGCGAAUACUUUUUUUUUUCAUGAAUAAAUAAACGCAUAUAACCUGUCGUAGAAAAACAGUAUUAUUAAUUUCAUGUACUAUAAAUAUAAAUUUAGGAAUAUCGAAAUCAGAAAUUAUUCGCGACAUAUUAUAUUUAGUGAAUUACCUUCAACUGUGUAAUUAUCAAAAAUGUAUAUCUAUACUAUAUGACUACACUAAGUAUAAUCUUGUAUUCGUAUACAUUUAAAUAAAUACCGAAACAGAA